UAUUUAGUAUUUUAUCUUAUCAUUCAUUAUCUAAUUUGCUAAGUUGCCAAUAUUUAUAUAUUUUCUAUAGAUUUGAUAGGAAUGUAGAGUUUGAUGUGUGCACAACCUUAAUAAAAAGUUAUAUUACUCUUAGUUUUCAUAUCUUAGGUAUUUUACGAGUAAUUAAAUCUCACUCUGUCGUAGCUGCUGGUAUCCUUCUCCACACCUCUCUCCAUUUGAGUCCAAAAGACAUUCCAUCUUUUUAUUCGUGUGCGCUCUCUUUCGGGAGAAGGGACGUCACACCAUUGUUGUUCUUUGCCUUCUCUGUCACAGGCUUGGUGGAAUUAUUAAAACAAUAUGGAUAGAAGUUGGAUGACAAAGUCAAGAAUCACAACGAAAUACCAAAAUGGACUUGAAUAUUUUUUGGACUAUGCUUUUCGCAAUUCAAGCAUGAAAGAUAAGAUAUUAUGUCCAUGCAAACGUUGUGGGAUCGGUAUAUCCGUGAGUAGAGAUGAGGCAUUUGAACAUUUGACGGUCGACGGAUUUAUUCCAGGGUACACCCAAUGGAUAGCUCAUGGAGAACUUCCUAGUAGUCGCUCAUCUAGGUGUGACAAUCAACAUAAUACUUUGGGUGAUGAUGAUAUGCAAGGUUUAGUUCAUGAUGCCUUUGGAGUUCCAAAUGAAGAUGGAUAUACUAAAGAACAUAUAAAAUCUCAAAUAGAUGCUGAAAGUGCUAAUGGACAAGCAAACGAAUUUUAUAAGUUGAUUGAUGGUUUACAACAACCAUUGUUUGAAGGAUGUGAUAAAUUCUCAAAGCUAUCAUUCAUAAUCCGUUUGUUGCACUUAAAGUGUAUUGGAAGUUUGAACAAUAAAGUAUUUGAUAUGCUUUUGGAAUUAUUAAGAGAAGCUUUUCCAGAUGCCAUGGUUGAUCUACCAAAGUCUUACUAUGAAGCCGAGAAAUUGAUGCGUGUCAAAAUGACUGUACUUUGUAUUGGGGGGAAAAUGAAAGGCGAACCUCAUGUGACACAUGUCAUCAGCUAAGAUGACGUACUUCAGAUGCAGAUCCCACAGGUGAGAAAAGAAAGAUUGCUCAAAAGGUAUUGUGGUAUUUUCCCGUCAAACCAAGGUUGCAAAGAUUGUUCAUGUCUACAAAGACGGCAUCUCACAUGAGAUGGCAUGCUGAAAAUCGUACGAAGGAUGGGUAUAUGAGACACCCUGCCGGUUCCCCAGCAUGGAACACAUUUGAUACCUUGCAUCCUAGUUUUUCUCAGGAAUCUCGCAAUGUUCGAUUGGGAUUGGCAUUAGAUGUAACUAAACCCUAAACCCAUGAAUAGUCGUUUUCAAGUCAACCAGACUUAGUACUUUUUUAA